AGUUCACAUUACCGGUGUGACGGCACGGUAUGACUUCUUCCAUAUUUCUCACCAUGGCAGGAUGGACUAGUGACAAGUUUCGUCUCUCCUGUAUCGACAACAAUGGCCUCAAACGUACGCUGCUAAAAAUGCUAAUACUAGACAAUGGCACGAAGAAUUCGAACAUCGAAGCAGAACGCACAGCGACGGAGUAUCUGGUCGACCAGGGUGUGCCAACGGCCAAUGCCAACAAAUCGCUGCUCAGCUUUCUUGCAAUCAACGCUCUCGAGCUCAGUGCACCCGCCAGUCCCGUCCUGCUAGAAUGUAACGCCCCGACAGUUCCUCCCGGCUGGCUGCAACUUUCCGGCCAUCCCAAAAGCAUUGCUCCCAUGGCCAACGGUAUCGUGCGAAAGCGUAUUUCCGGCCCGAACGAUACAGAGCUGCUCGCCUACCGUCAGCUGAUGAUGGAUCCGCACGCAAUCAAAGUCGUCCCAAAGUUCCUUGGCGUACACCAGCUCAAUGGUGAGCACUUUAUCGAGCUACACAACAUGCUGCAUGGCUUUGUCGAGCCGAACGUGAUGGACAUCAAGAUGGGCUUCCGAACGUUCACCGAAACGGAAGUAAGCAAUACCGCCCUGCGGGAAGAUCUGUACAAAAAGAUGAUCGCCGUCGAUCCGAACGCACCGACGGCGGAGGAGCAUGCACAGAAAGCCAUCACCAAGCUGCGGUACAUGCAGUUCCGCGAAAACAUGUCUUCCACGCAGGAGAAAGGUUUCCGAAUUGAGGCACUCAAGAUGCGUGGCUUCUCGCCCGUAACCGAUCUGAAGACGAUCAAGACCGAUCAUCAGAUACGCACGACGGUAGGACACUUUGUGAACGGGCGGCGCAGUGUAGCGAAGGACAUUCUCAAACGAUUGCGCCAGAUGCGUACGCUGAUCGAAAAGUCCGAGUUCUUCCAGCGCCACCAGGUGUUGGGUAGCAGUGUGUUCAUCGUGUACGACGACCAUCAGGUCGGUGUGUGGUUGAUCGACUUUGCCAAAUCACUGCCACUGCCACAGGGAACGAAGGUGACGCACAGACGCCGCUGGCAGAUGGGCAAUUGUGAGGAGGGCCUACUGCACGGGUUCGAUGAGCUGAUCCGGACGAUGGAAGCGGUACAGCAGAAUGUCCACUCGUUGCGCAAUCAGUCGUGUGCGACGGACGUUUAGGGUUUAGGGCGAAAGGGCGAAACUUUGCCAGUGUCGAACGAAUUUC